AUGGGCUUCCUGUGUCAGGCCAUUAAAACAUUCGUCUUUGCCUACUUGGCCUCAGUGAGUUUGACUGCCUCUCAGGGCAUUUUCCCAAGGCUGGAGAAUGUGGGCGCUUUCAAGAAGGUAUCCACUGUGCCAACCCAAGCCACGUGUGGGUUCCCAAGCGCCAGCACUUUCUGUCAUCCUUCGGUGGCCGCUGAGAGCAUGCAGUUGUGUACCGAGACGCGCUGUGUCCAGGACUGCCCCUACCGCUCUGCCUCCCCUCCCUAUACGGCCCUCCUGGAAGGCAUCCGGGGCUGCCUCCCUGCAGACUACAGAGACCUCCGCCCUCACGCCAGAAGCAACUCCCCGAGCUUUAUAUUUGGAAGUCACAAGAACUGCCCCUCUCUGCGGGCUCCGAGGCUGGCAGCAGAAUUGACCUUAGCUGUGUGGUUGAAGCCUGAGCGAGAAGGCGUGAUGUGUGUGAUAGAGAAGACAGUGGCUGGGCAGAUUGUGUUCAAAGUUACAAUAUCCGAGAAAGAGACCAUGUUUUAUUACCGCACAGUAAAUGGUUUGCAGCCUCCGAUAAAAGUAAUGACACCAGGGAGAAUUCUUAUGAAGGAAUGGAUUCAUCUCAGUGUGCAGGUGCAUCAGAGAGAAAUCAGCUUCUUUGUGGAUGGUUUGGAGAAGAACAAUACAGCAUUUGAUACAAGAACUCUACGAGAUCCAAUUUUAGACUCUGCCUUCAGCACUAUACAAAUAGGAAAAAGUUUAAAUGGUUUGGAGCAGUUUGUUGGAAGAAUGCAAGAUUUUCGAUUGUACAAUGUGUCACUUACAAACAGAGAGAUUCUGGAGCUCCUUUCUGGAGAUCUCCCCCACUCGCACAUCCAGUCACAUUGCCGCUGCCCAGGCAGCCAUCCCCGUCUCCACCCCUCGGCUCAGCAGUACUGCAUUCCAAAUGGUGCAGAAGACCGGCCUUACCAUCAAGUGUCACGGCUGAAUCCCGAAGCCCAUCCUCUAUCCUUCAUCAAUGAUGAUAACAUUGCUACUUCAUGGAUUUCCCAUGUGUUUACAAACAUUACACAGCUCAACCAAGGACUGGUUAUUUCUGUAGACUUGGAAAAUGGACAGUACCAGGUGUUUCUCAUCAUCAUCCAGUUCUCCAGCCCACAGCCUAUGGCGAUAAGGAUCCAGAGGAAGAAGGAGGACAGCUCUCCCUGGGAGGACUGGCAGUAUUUUGCUAGAGAUUGCAGUGUUUGGGGAAUGAAAAACGAUGGUGACUUGGAAAACCCCGAUUCUGUCAACUGCCUUCAGUUUUCUGAUUUUACCUUGUUUUCCCAUGGUAAUGUCACAUUUGACCUCCUGACACCUGGACAGAAGCGUCGUCCUGGGUACAAUGACUUUUACGGUAGCUCAGUGCUGCAAGAAUUCAUGAAAGCCACUCAAAUCAGACUGCACUUCCGCGGGCAGCACCAUCCAGCUGGGCGCACCGUUGACCCGAGACACAGAUACUAUGCAGUGGAUGAAAUCUUCAUCAGCGGGAGAUGCCAAUGCCAUGGACAUGCCGAGACCUGCGACACGACCAGGACACCCUAUAGGUGCCUCUGCUCUCCGCACAGCUUCACUGAAGGGCAUCAGUGCGAUCGCUGCUUGCCUCUUUACAACGACAAGCCUUUCCGCAGUGGUGACCGGGUUCACGCCUUCAACUGCAAACCUUGUCAGUGCAACCGCCACGCCAGCAGCUGCCACUACGAGGCCUCCGUGGACCCGUUCCCUCUAGAGCACGGCAGAGGUAGCGGAGGGGUGUGCGACAGCUGCCAGCACCACACGACAGGGAGAAACUGCGAGUCGUGCCAGGCUUACUUUUACCGACGCGUCGGCGCAGAUCCCUCUGCCCCUGACGUCUGUGAGCCCUGUGCCUGUAACCACGCUGGGACCAGAAACGGCAGCCUCCUCUGUGGCCCGAUUGGAGGCCAGUGUGAUUGUAAGAGACACGUGUCUGGCAGGCAGUGUCUUCGUUGCCAGGAUGGAUUCUAUGACCUGCAGGCGCUGGACGCUGAUGGCUGCCGUCCCUGUAGCUGCAAUCCCUCUGGGACUGUGGAUGGAGACAUUACCUGUCACCAAAAUUCAGGCCAGUGCCUGUGCAAAGCCAACGUUAUUGGCCUCAGAUGCACUCGCUGCAACUUUGGAUUUAAAUUUCUCCAGAGUUCUAACGCUGUUGGCUGUGAGGCCUGCCAGUGUAACCUCCACGGCUCCGUCAACCAGAGCUGCAAUCCGCUUUCGGGGCAGUGCGUGUGCAAGGAGGAAGCCAGAGGACUGAAGUGUGACACUUGCAGAGAAAACUUUUUCGGGUUGCCCUGGAGUACUUGUCAGGCCUGCAACUGCAGCGCGGCUGGCUCCCAGGCUGGGACCAUCUGUGACAGGGACACCGGGCAGUGCGUGUGUAAGCCCAACGUGGGAGGCAGACAAUGCAAUCAGUGUUUGGAGGGGUUCUUCACCCUGCGUCAGGAUGAUUCCUUGCUCUGCGUGCCCUGCAACUGUGAGAAGACUGGGACAGUCAAUGGCUCUCUCUUGUGUGACAAAUCAACUGGGCAGUGUCCUUGCAAACUAGGAGUGACAAGUUUGCGCUGCAAUCAGUGUGAGCCUCACAGCUUCAAUCUGACCAUGGGCCAGCUUCAAGGGUGCCAGGAGUGUGAGUGUGACCCCCUCGGGACAUUACCUGGAAGCGUUUGUGACCCUGUCAGUGGCCAGUGUCUAUGUCUACCUCAUCGACAAGGAAGAAGGUGUGAGCAGUGUCAGCCAGGCUUUUACGUUCCUCCUGGCCAUGCCACAGGCUGCCUGCCAUGCUUAUGCCACACAGCUGGAGCCGUGAGCCACAUCUGUAGCAGUGUCACGGGGCAGUGCUCUUGCCGUGAUCCCUCCACUUCUGGGCAGAGGUGUGACCAGUGUCAAGACCAGUCCUUUGGAUUUGAUACUGAGACUGGAAGAUGCCAGCCUUGUCUUUGUCAUCCAGCAGGAGCCUUGAAUGGAACUUGUGAUGUGGUCACAGGCCAGUGUUUCUGCAAACAGUUUGUCACUGGCUCCAAGUGUGACACUUGUGUUCCUGGUUCAAGCCACUUGGAUGUCAACAAUCUAUUAGGCUGCAGCAAAACUCCCUCCCAGCAACCUCCACCAAGAGGACAGGUUCAAAGUUCUUCUGCCAUCAAUCUCUCCUGGAGUCCACCUGAUUUUCCCAAUGCCCACUUUCUUACUUACAGUCUGCUCAGGAAUGGUUCUGAAAUCUACACAACUGAAGAUCAGCACCCAUACUAUACUCAGCACUUCUUUGACACUAGUCUGUCACCACACACAUCAUAUUCAUAUUCUAUAGAGACCUCCAGUGUGCAUGGUUCAACAAGGAGCAGGUCCGUCACGUAUAAGACGAAGCCAGAGGUCUCUGAAGGAUACUUGAACCUGACUCAUGUCGUUCCUGUUGGCUCUGACUCUGUGACUCUUACCUGGACUGAAUUCCCCAACAACUCUGGACCUAUAGAGGAGUAUAUUUUAUCUUGCAUUCCUGUGGACAGCACCGAGCCUUGUGACUCCUAUGAAGGUCUGGAAACCUCAGCUACCAUCCGGAAUCUGGUUCCAUUCACGCAGUACCGUUUCUCUGUCCAGGGAUGUACUAGCGUGCGCUGCUCACAGAGCCUGCCCAUUGUAGUAACCACAGCCCAGGCACCCCCCCAGAGGCUGAGGCCACCCAAAGUGAGGAAAAUCAGUUCCACAGAACUCCACAUAGCAUGGUCUCCACCAGUGGAGCCAAAUGGUAUAAUUGUAAGAUAUGAAUUAUACAUGAAGAGAUGGUUGUCUACCGAAGAAAGUCUAGUGUUUGAGAGAAGUGAAUGGGUCAGUCCUCAUCCAGCUUCAAAGGCAGCCAGCAAGAGUGAGAACACACUUCCGCCUCCCCAAGUCAGCACCUCCGUCUCUGGCUUGGAGCCACACACUGAGUAUGCAUUUAGAGUCUUGGCUGUGAAUAUAGCUGGCACCGUGUCAUCUGCCUGGGUCUCAGAAAGAACAGGAGAAUCAGCACCUGUGUUCAUGUCUCCUCCUUCAGUCUCUCCACUCUCAUCGCACUCACUCCAUGUCUCCUGGGAGAAGCCAGCAGAACACUUUUCAAGAGGAGAAAUUAUAGGGUACAACAUCAGCAUGGUUUCUGAACAUUCUCCCCAACAAGAUGUUCCAGUAAUAUGUUCAAAGCUCCUGCAUUCUGCUAAGCCCCAAGACCUGUCUUAUGUUGUAAGGGGACUCAAGCCUUACAGGAUCUACACCUUCACUGUCUCCCUCUGCAAUUCAGUGGGAUGUGUGACCAGUGCUUUGGGAGCAGGACAAACUCUUGCAGCGGCUCCUGCUCAACUAAGGUCUCCCACGGUGACAGGAGUCAACAGCACCACCGUCCGUGUCAGGUGGCUCCCCCCUACAGAAGUCAAUGGCCCACCCCCUCUGUACUGUCUGGAGAGAAGGGUGUCCCAGCUCGCAGCUCCCAUGGCUGCCAUGACAAAGGGAACCUGCUUUGUGGGAGAUGGGUACUGGAGGUUUCCCAGAACGGCUCACCCAGAUUUUAUAGGCGUCAAGGCCAGCUUCCGGACAAAGGUUCCUGACGGACUGAUCACCCUCGCAGUGUCCCCUGACAACCAAGAAGAGUAUUUUGCCCUUCAGUUGAAGGAUGGACGUCCUUAUUUCCUUUAUAACCCCCAGGGGUCACUAGUGGAAGUUACCACAAGUGAUGAUCACAGCAAACACUACAGUGAUGGACAGUGGCAUGAAAUCAUUGCCAUCAGGCAUCAGGCUUUUGGCCAAAUUACUCUUGAUGGGCACUAUACAGGCUCCUCGACCUCUCUGAAUGAGAGCACAGUGACAGGAGGCUACGCUGGACUCUUUGUGGGUGGACUGCCACCAGGGCACAGCAUCCUCCAGAAGAGGCCUGAGAUAAUCCGAAGAGGCUUUGUGGGCUGCCUCAAGGAUGUGCACGUAACGCAGGGUUCUAGCUCCUCUGUGACUUGGAGACCUGUGGACCGGCAGAGCUCCGAGGAGCAGGUCAAUGUGUACGACAGCUGGGAGGGCUGCCCUGCUGCCCCAGGACAAGGAGCUCGGUUUCUGGGAGCAGGAUUCCUGAAGAUUCGGUCAGAUGCGUUUCAGGCUGCAAAGGACUUUGAGAUUUCCCUGAAGUUUCAGACUGACCAACUAAAUGGAUUGCUUCUUUUCAUCCACAACAAAGAUGGAUCGGAUUUUCUUGCUGUGGAGCUGAAGAGCGGGCUGCUGAGCUUCAGAUUAAACUCCAGCCUUGUCUUUACACAAGUGGAUGUCAGGCUGGGCCUGGCCUACUGCAGUGGAACGUGGAAUUCAGUCAUUAUCCAAAAGGAAGGCUCUGGGGUAUCACUUGUUGUGAAUGAACUCGUGGAGCACACCUCACAGGCUACAGCCCACACUCUGCUGCUGAACUCACCUGUCUACCUGGGUGGGGUCCCCCAGGAGCUGCAGGACUCCUUCAGACACCUGGCUCUGGAGCAAGGGUUCUGUGGCUGCGUGAAGGAAGUUGCGUUUACACGGGGUGCUGUCGUUAACUUGGCAUCUGUGUCCAGCCAUGCUGUCAGAGUCAAUCAGGACGGAUGCCUAUCAAGUGACAGUACUGUUAACUGUGGGGGAAAUGACUCCAUCCUGGUUUAUCGGGGACGCAGGCACAGUGUUUACGAGAGCGGUCUCCAGCCCUUUACAGAAUACCUGUACCGGGUUACAGCCUCACACGAAGGAGGUUCAGUGUCCAGCGAUUGGAGCCGUGGACGCACACUGGGCACAGCUCCAGAGAGUGUGCCAACUCCCUCAAGAGCCCAGAGCAUAAGUGGAUAUAGCAUUGAGGUGGCCCGGGAUAAGCCUGCUGUGGUUAAAGGCAUCCUGGAGAAGUACACCCUGAAAGCCUAUGGGGAGGGCAGCCCCCAGCCCCGCGUGCCCUCUGCCAGCGCUGAGCUCGAAGACACCGGCGUCCUCAAGGGACUGCGUCCCUUCCACAGCUAUGCGGUAACCCUUACUGCUUGUUCUCGGGUGGGCUGCACUGAGGGCCCACGUGCACUGAGCAUCUCCACUCCACAAGAAGCUCCCCAAGAGGUUCCGACACCAGCUGCCUUGUCUCUUCCCAAUUCCUUGUCGUUCUCCUGGUGUCCUCCCAGACGAGCAAAGGGGAUUAUUACUCAGUACUCCUUAUAUGUGGAUGGGAGGCUGGUGUACACAGGCAAAGGACAGAACUGCACAGUCACAGAUUUAAGACUAUUCUCGGCCCACGAGGUUACGCUUGGUGCGCGCACACAGCUGGGGUGCACAAACAGCUCCCGACUCAUCCAGCAUACAGCACAGCUGCCCCCAGAGCGGGUGGACCCCCCGAUUCUGGCUGUCCUGAGUUCUAGAACUGUGCAUGUACAGUGGAAACAACGAAGGCAACUAAGUGGAAUUCUGGAGCGCUACAUAUUAUAUGCUUUGAAUCCUAAAUGUAAUUCUACAGUGUGGAGUGUUGCCUAUAACAGCACGGAAGAUCUUGAGGAUGGCAUGCUCCAGCACCUUUCCCAUGGGUGUCUCUACCUCAUCAAGCUGGGAGUGUGCACGGGUGGUGGCUGUGCGAUGAGUGAGCCCAGCCAGGCCCUAAUGGAGAAGACGGUUCCAGAAGGUGUGCCAGCCCCCAGAGCCCACUCCUACUCUCCAGACUCCUUUAACAUCUCCUGGACAGAGCCCGAGUAUCCGAAUGGUGUUAUCAUAACUUAUGGGUUGUAUCUAGAUGACGCUCUAAUUCACAAUUCUUCAGAACUCAGCUGCCAUGCCUAUGGAUUUGAUCCUGGGAGCUUACACACCUUCAGAGUCCAAGCAUGUACGGCCAAGGGUUGUGCUCUCGGCCCACUGGUAGAAAAUCGAACUCUAGAAGUCCCUCCUGAAGGCAUGCUCAACGUGUUUGUGAAAACGGAGGGAUCCCGGGAAGCCUAUGUGAGGUGGGAAGCACCUCCUCACCCUAACGGGCGCUUAACCUACUCAGUCCUUCUUACCGGAAGUUUCUAUGCAGAUCGAGCUGGUGACAACUACACGCUCCUCAGUGGCACAAAAGCCUUCCACAGUGGUGAAGGAAAGCAGCUCUGGAUGCUGGUGGCUGGACUGGUUCCCUGUUCACGAUACACUGUCCGAGUGAAUGCCUCCAACAGCCAAGGGAGUGUGCUCAGUGACCCUGUCUCCAUUGAAAUGCCUCCAGGGGCUCCAGAUGGCCUGCUGUCUCCCAGGCUUGCAUCUGCCACUCCAACCAGUCUUCAGGUUGUCUGGUCUACACCAGCUCGCAACAACGCUCCGGGCACUCCCAGAUACCAGCUCCAGAUGAGGCCUGGCCUCGCCACCCACGGCCUUCUAGAAUUAUUUCCUGAUCCUUCUCCAUCAUUAAGCUAUGAAGUGAGAGGCCUCCAGCCGUUCACGGUGUAUGAGUUUCGGUCGGUUGCCACCAAUGGCUUUGGCAGUGCUUACAGUGCUUGGACUCCACUCACGACUGCAGAGGACAAGCCUGGACCAAUAGAUGCUCCAAUUCUUCUGAAUGUGCAAGCUCAAAUGAUGUCAAUUGUCUGGCAACAGCCUGCAAAGAGCAAUGGGGUUAUUACCCAUUAUAACAUUUACCAGCAUGGCCGUCUGUACUUAACAGCCUCUGGAAAUGUCACGAAUUGCACUGUGGCCAAUCUACACCCUGACACGGCCUAUCAGUUCCAGGUAGAAGCCUGCACCUCCAGAGGGUGCUCCAAGUCACCAGCAUCUCAGACCGUGUGGACACUCCCAGGAACACCAGAAGGCAUCCCAAGCCCAGAGCUGUUCUCACACUCUCCCGUGUCCAUCAUCGUGUCUUGGCAACCCCCCACACACCCCAGUGGCUCAGUUGAGAACUUUACCAUUGAGAGACGAGUCAAGGGGAAAGAAGAAAUUAGGAGCCUGCUGACCCUCCCAAGAAGCCAUGCCAUGAAGUUUCUUGACAAUGAUCCUGCCCUCCGCCCUUGGACCCAGUAUGAAUACCGGGCUCUGGGGAGCACUCCUAACAAAGGCACCAACAGCAGCACUUGGGUAGAAGUUACCACAAGACCCUCCCGGCCUUCAGGAGUGCAGCCUCCCACAGUACUGGUGCUGGGGCCGGAUGCAGUCAAGGUCACUUGGAAAGCCCCUCUUAUCCAGAAUGGAGACAUACUGAGCUACGAGAUCCGAAUGCCAGACCCUCUCAUCAGAAUAACCAACACGACCUCGGUUGUAUUGAGUCAUGUAAUCAAGCAUCUGAUUCCUUUCACUAAUUAUUCAGUCACCAUUGUCGCUUGCUCCGGAGGUAAUGGAUACCUAGGAGGGUGCACUGAGAGUCUGCCUACCUUUGCUGCCACCCACCCCGCCCUGCCUCAGGAACUGGCCCCAUUGUCGGCGAUUCCAAGCGAAUCUGACAUCAAGAUUUCUUGGCAGCCACCAGCCAAGCCAAAUGGACCCAAUUUGAGAUACGAGCUUCUGAGACGUAAAAUCCGGCAGCCACUCGCUUCAAAUCCCCCAGAAGAUUUAAAUCUGUGGCACAAUAUUUAUUCAGGAACUCGGUGGUUUUACAAAGAUAAGGGUCUUAGCAGGUUUACAACGUACGAAUAUAAGCUCUUUGUACACAACAGCGUGGGCUUUACCCCAAGCCAAGGAGCGACAGUGACCACCUUAGCGGGGGUCCCAGAGAAAGAAGCCACUGUCACCGUGAGCGUCCUUAACCACACGGCCGUAGACGUGAGAUGGGAGAAACCAACUUUCCAAGAUCUACAAGGUGAUGUGGAUUAUUACACACUGUUUUGGAAUUCUGGGACCUCGGAAGAAUCUUUGAAAAUCUCCCCAGAUGUAAAUUCUCAUGUCAUUGGUCACUUAGCUCCAAAUACUGAGUAUCAGAUUUUCCUCUCAGUUUUCAAUGGAGUCUAUGGAAUCAAUAGCACAGUGGUCCAUGUGACCACAUAUGAUGAGGAGCCUCGGGGCAUGCUUCCUCCAGAGGCUGUCAUCAUCAACAGUACAGCUGUACGUGUCAUCUGGACAUCUCCUGCACACGCAAACGGCGUUGUCACCGAGUCUUCUGUUUAUGUAAAUGAUAAGCCCUACAAGGCUGGAGUGGAUGUGCCAGGGUCGUUUAUUCUGGAAGGCCUGUCUCCCUUCACUGUCUAUGACAUUCAGGUAGAAGUCUGUACAAAAGAUGCCUGCGUAAAAAGCAACGUGACCCGAGUCAGCACUGCAGAAGAUACUCCAAGUGACAUUUCAAUGCCUAUAAUCCGUAAUAUUACUUCAAGAUCCCUUCAAAUAGAUUGGAUGACACCAGGAAAUCCAAAUGGUAUCAUUCUCGGAUAUGACCUUUUGCGGAAAACAUGGCGCCCAUGCCCUGAAACCCAAGAGUUAACAGAGAAACCCGGUGAUAAGCUCUGCAAAGCGGUCAAGUGCCAACACCCUGAAAAUAUCUGUGGGCACACUUGCUAUUCUCCAGGAACUAAGGUUUGCUGUGCCGGGCUUCUGUAUGACCCUCAGCCUGGCUACCGCUGCUGUGAAGAGAAAUACAUCGCGUUCCUUCCCAAUUCCACGGGAGUUUGUUGUGGAGGCCGGAUCCACGCGGCACGGCCCGACCACCAGUGCUGCUCUGGCUACUACACCAGGAUCCUUCCAGGGGAGAUAUGCUGUCCAGAUGAGCAGCGCACCCGGGCGUCGGUCGGCUUUGGGGAUGCCUGCUGCGGCGGGAUGCCUUACAGCACCUCCGGGAGCCAGCUGUGCUGUGCCGGGAAGCUCCGGGACGGGUACCGGCAGCAGUGCUGUGGCGGGGAGAUGGUGAGCCAAGGGUUCAAGUGCUGCGGUGGAGCAGAAGCAGGGGUGGUGAACAGCGACCUCCCAGGAAUGCUGUGUUGUGGGCAGGAUUAUGUGAAUAUGUCAGAUACCAUAUGCUGCUCAGCUUCCAGUGGAGAGUCUAAGGCACACGCUAAACAGAAUGACCCGGUGCCAGUAAAAUGCUGCGACACUGAACUUAUUCCAGACAGCCAGGGAUGCUGUAAUGGAGUUGGGUACAAUCCUUUGAAAUAUGUUUGUUCUGAUGAGAUUUCAACUGGAAUGGCGAUGAAGGAAACCAGAGCAUGCGCGACUGUCUGCCCAGCAUCCAUGGAAGCCACAGCACACUGUGGCCGGUGUGACUUCAAUGCCACCACCCAUGCGUGCAUUGUGACAAGAGGGCCUCUCAGUCCCCCGGGGAAGGCAGCAGAGGAAGGAAUGUGUUCUGCAGCAGAGGAAGUAGUUCAUUCCGGAGAUGUAAGCAUGCGCUCUUUCAUAGACACAGAACUUGAGGCCAGCACCACGUAUGAAUACAGGGUUUCUGCAUGGAACAGCUUCGGGCGAGGAUUCAGCCCAUCUGUUCGAGUCAGCACAGGAGAGGCUGUGCCGCAAGGAGUCACGGCCCCCAGAUGGGCCAGAGCAAGUGAUCACGAAGACGUUAUUUUCAUACACUGGAAGAAGCCCAUGCACCCAAAUGGUCGUAUUAUUUACUACAUCCUUCUUCGCGAUGGAAGGGAGCACUUCCGGGGAACAGCGCUGAGUUUCACAGACGCACAGGAGAUUGAGCCACUCCAGGAAUACACGUACCAGCUGAAAGCUUGCACAGCCGCUGGGUGUGCUGUCAGUGGCAAGGUAGUCGCUGCUGCCACCCCAGGCGUCCUGGAGAGGGUCUCACCACCAAACAUCACAGCCCGCAGCUCAGAGUCCCUGCACCUCAGCUGGAGCGUCCCCGAGAAAAUGAGAGCUGUCAUUAAAGAGUACCAGCUCUGGCUGGAUGGGAGAGGGCUCAUCUACACUGACACGAGUGACAGGAGGCAGCAUACGGUCACAGGUCUCCAGCCAUACACAAACUACAGCUUCACACUUGCGGCCUGCACAGCUGCCGGAUGCACUUCCAGCGAGCCCUCUGUGGGUCAGACCCUGCAGACCGCCCCUCAAGGAGUUUGGGCGACACCUCGACACAUUAUCAUCAAUUCUACAACCGUGGAAUUAUAUUGGAAUCCUCCAGAAAGGCCCAACGGCCUCAUUUCUCAGUAUCAGCUGAGGCGUAAUGGAAGCUUGCUUCUCGUGGGUGGCAGUGAUGAACAGAGUUUCACUGAUAAAAACCUGGAGCCCAACAGCAGGUACAUUUACACGUUAGAAGCAAAAACCAGAGGUGGCAGCGGUAUGAGUGAGGAUUACCUUGUCCAGAUGCCUAUGUGGACCCCGGAAGCCAUCCGUCCCCCAUGUAACGUCACCGUACUGGGCUCUGAUUCCAUAUUUGUAGCAUGGCCAACACCAGGGAUUCUGCUUCCCCGCAUUCCGGUGGAGUAUAGUAUCUUGCUCAGUGAUGGAAGCAUGGUGCCUUUAACCUUCUCUGUUGGACACCGGCAGUCUGCCCAUCUGAAAAACUUGGCUCCAUUCACACAGUACGAGAUAAGGAUACAAGCCUGCCAAAAUGCAGGCUGUGGAGUUAGCAAUAGGAUAUAUGUCAGAACACUCGAAGCAGCACCAGCAGGUCUAAUGCCCCCUCUUCUGAAGGCUCGGGAUUCAUCUUGCAUAGAAGUUAAGUGGAUGCCACCUAGAAGACCCAAUGGAGUCAUCUCCAGCUAUUUCAUUUACAGGCGUCCUGCUUACACCGAAGAGGAGUCUCUCCUCUUUGUCUGGUCGGAAGGAGCUCUUGAGUUCACUGAUGAUGGGGGCACCCUGCACCCCUUUACCCUGUACGAGUACCGCGUCAGAGCCUGGAACUCCAAGGGCGGGGUGGACAGCCUGUGGGCGUCAGUACGGACCCUGGAAGCGCCGCCUCAAGGCCUCCCCGCCCCCCGGGCUCAAGCCACGGGCGCCCACUCAGUCCUGCUAAACUGGACUGAGCCAGAGGCCCCCCACGGCAUCAUCUCCCGGUACCGUGUGGUCUACCGAGAAGGACCAGAUGAGGCAGCACCCAGCAGCUCUACCGUGCAUGCCUUCACGCUGACGGGAACGAGCCAUCACGCCCAUCUUUUUGGGUUAGAACCAUUCACGACAUACCAAGUCGGCGUGGUGGCUGUGAACAGGGCGGGAGAAGUGUCAAGCCCCUGGGCCCUGAUUACAACUUUAGAAUCUUCCCCAAGUGGACUGAAGAACUUCACAGCGGAGCAGAGAGAGAACGGCCGAGCUUUGCUGCUGCAGUGGUCAGAGCCGGUGAAAACCAAUGGUGUGAUCGAGGCAUACAACAUCUUCAGCGAUGGGCUCCUGGAGUACUCCGGCCCGGGGCGACAGUUUCUCUUCAGGCGCCUGGCCCCCUUCACUCUCUACACCCUGACCCUGGAGGCCUGCACAGCAGCAGGCUGUGCUCACUCAGCGCCCCAGCCUCUCUGGACGGGGGAAGCCCCUCCAGAGUCUCAGCCGGCUCCCACCAUCCAGGCGGUGGAGCCCACCAACGCGAGAAUGCAAUGGUCUCAGCCAGCUAAGCCAAAUGGGAAGAUAAUCCGUUAUGAAGUGAUUCGGAGAGACUUGGAGGGAGAGGGUUGGGGGAAUGAGACGAUGCAGGCAGAUGAGAACACUGUUUUCACGGAGUACAACACGGAAGGCAUGGUGUGGGCGUAUAAUGACACGGGUCUGCAGCCAUGGAGGCUGUACGCCUACAGAAUCUGCGCGUGGAACUCUGCGGGCCACAGCUGUAGCUCUUGGAGUAUGGUAAGGACAUGGCAAGCACCCCCCGAAGGCCUCUCUCCGCCGCAGGUAUCCUGUGUGUCUGCGGAUCCCCCCCAAGUGCUGAUCUCCUGGUUUCCACCCCAACACCCUAAUGGCAUCAUCCAGUCCUAUAGACUGGAGAGGAAUGGUGUGGUCCGUCCUCCCAGUUUCAGUGGCAGCACCUUCAGCUACACCGACAGCCAGCUGCUUCCGUUUUCGACUUACAGCUACGCCGUCCUCGCCUGCACGAGCGGUGGCUGCUGCACCAGCGAGCCCAACAACGUCACAACCCCAGAGGCGCCUCCGUCGGGAGUCAGCCCUCCAGUGCUUUGGGCCAUCAGUGCCCACCAGAUAAACGUGUCUUGGUCUCCGCCAUCGAUCCCAAAUGGGAAGAUUGCUAACUAUUCGCUUAGAGGUGAUGGUCGGGAGUACCCGGCUGGGCAGGGCCUGUCCUUGCUGGUUUCCGACCUGCAGCCUUUCACUCAGUACAACCUCUCCCUCGUGGCCUGCACAAACGGAGGAUGCACGGCAAGUGGAACUGCAUCUACCCGGACCAUGGAGGCCCCGCCAGAGAACACGGACCCCCCAACAGUGCACGUCACAGGCUCAGAAUCAAUAGAAGUUACAUGGAAACCCCCGAGAAACCCACAUGGCCAGAUCAGAAGUUACGAGCUUCGGAGAGACGGUGCCAUGGUGUAUACAGGGCUGGAAACGCGCUACCACGAUUUCACCCUCACUCCUGGCGUGGAACACAGCUACUCGGUGACUGCCACUAACAGCCGGGGAAGUGUCCUGAGCCCGCCUGUCAAGGAUCACACCAGCUCCUCAGCCCCCUCGGGGCUAGAGCCUCCAAAAUUGCACGCUGGGGAUGCCCCUGAGAUCGCGGUGCACUGGGACUCUCCAGCGAGGGCAAACGGCGAGAUUAUCAACUACACCCUCUUCAUCCGAGAGCCGUUUGAAAGAGAAAUCAGAACCGUGUACGUCAAUACAACGCAUACUGCUUUUGGUACUCGGUCACUCACAGUAAAGCACCUGAAGCCGUUCCAUAGGUAUGAAAUGCGCAUCCAAGCUUGCACUGGCCUCGGAUGUGCCUCCAGCGAGUGGGCAUCUACCCAGACUAGAGAAAUCCCACCUCUGAUGCAACCGGCCCCGCAUCUGGAGGUGCAGACGGCUGCAGGGGGAUUCCAGCCCGUGGUAGCUGUGUGGUGGGCAGGACCACUCCAGCCAAAUGGAAAAAUCAUAAGCUUUGAAUUGUACAGAAGACAAAUAACAACUUGGCCCAGAAAGUCCAGUCCAUUGUUGACCUACAACGGAAGCUCAAGCUCCUUUGUGGAUUCAGAGUUACUGCCUUUCACUGAAUAUGAGUACCAGGUAUGGGCAGUAAAUUCCGCAGGAAAAGCUCCAAGUAACUGGACACGGUGCAGAACUGGACCUGCGCCACCAGAAGGUCUCAGGGCACCCACAUUCCAUACCAUAUCCUCCACCCAAGCGGUGGUCAACAUCAGUGCACCUGCGAGACCCAAUGGGAACAUCAGCCUCUACAGGAUCUUCUCCAGCUCCAGCGGGACGUACACCCUGCUGUCUGAAGGCAUGGCCACCCAGCAGACCCUUCACGACCUGAGGCCCUUCUCCACAUACACCAUUGGGGUUGAGGCCUGCACCUGUUUGGCCUGCUGCAGCAGAGGACCCACAGCCGAGCUGAGAACUCACCCGGCCCCACCUUCAGGGCUGUAUCCGCCCCAGCUCCAGACCCUGGGCUCACGGGUGGCCUCCUUCCAGUGGACACCCCCUCUGCUCCCUAAUGGUAUCAUUCACAGCUACGAACUGCAGCUGCAGGCCUGCCCUCCGGAUUCAGCCCCAGCCUGCCCUGCCAGCCACACGGAGACGAAGUACUGGGGCCCUGGGCACACAGCCAGCCUGGCGGGGCUGCGGCCCCAUACUGCCUACAGGGUGCAAGUGGUGGCCCACAACGAGGCGAGCGGCACGGCUUCUGGGUGGACCUGCUUCAGCACCGAGAAGGAAAUGCCUCAGUACCAAGCCCUGUUUUCAGUGGACAGCAACACAUCCACAGUGUGUGUCGACUGGAGCCGCUCUUUCCUCCUGAAUGGCCAGCUGAAGGAAUACGUGGUCACCGACGGAGGACAGCAGCUGUACAGUGGCCUGGACAGCACCCUCUGCCUACCAAGGACGGCAGACAAAACUUUCUUCUUCCAGGUCACCUGCACAACAGACAUUGGGAGUGUGAAGACCCCAUUGGUCCAGUAUGACGCCUCUACUGGAUUUGGCCUGGUGCUGAUGACUCCUGGAGAAAAGAAGGGAGCAGGGACCAAAAGCACCGAAUUCUACAGCGAACUGUGGUUCAUUGUGGUAAUGGCAGUGCUGGGCCUGAUCCUGCUGGCCAUCUUUCUGUCCUUGAUUCUACAAAGAAAACUCCACAGGGAACCAUGUGUCAGAGAAAGACCACCCUUGGUACCUCUUCAGAAACGAAUGACUCCACUGAGUGUCUACCCACCAGGGGAAACCCACGUGGGACUAGCCGAUACCAGACUCCCUCGGUCUGGGACUCCUUUGAGCAUCCGGAGCAGCCGAAGUGUGUCUGUACUGCGGAUCCCGAGUCAGAGCCAAGUCAGCCGCAGCUGCUCCCAGGGCUCUCUCCACCGCAGUGUCAGCCAGCUCAUGGACAUCCCAGACAAGAAGGUCGCCGCCGCCGAUUCACUGUGGGAAACUAUUAUGGGCCACAGCAGCGCACUGUAUGUGGAUGAAGAGGAACUAAUGAAUGCCAUCAAGGGUUUCAGCUCAGUGACCAAGGAACAUACCACCUUCACCGACACCCAGCUGUAA